CGAAGCUUGGCCGGAUCGAGCGCCAUCUGCUCCGCAUGCCCGCGGCUGCCGCCCCCAUUGGUCUCCGCCAUCACAUGCUGGGCGGGGCUGGGGAGGAAGCAGAUCCCUCCCCAACGCUUUCCUUCGUUUCCUCCCCUGCAUCCCUCCGGCGCCCGAAGAAGAGAGGGAGCGGCUGGGAUCGCGCACCAUGGCCUGCCUCACGAUUUAUUGUACCUCGGUGACCGGCUCCAGGGAGAUCAAAUCCCAGCAGAGUGAAGUGACCAGGAUCUUGGAUGGAAAACACAUCGAAUACAACCUGGUGGAUAUCUCCCAGGAUAAUGCCCUGCGGGAAGAAAUGAGGGCCAAAUCCGGCAACCCCAAAGCCAUCCCACCCCAGAUUUUCAACGGGGAACACUACUGUGGGGACUACGAACUCUUUGUGGAAGCAGUGGAACAGAAAGUGCUGCUGGAAUUCCUGAAGUUAGCCUGAGCACGUGUCUUGCCCAAUCCCCCUCCCCUUAAAAAAAACAAAAAAACCCUACCCCAGGACUUUGGAUUCUGCAUUCCAACUGGGGGCAUGCCUACACCAGCCCUAUAUCCAGGGAUCGUCCCUGUGCAUCCAAAUGCCUCACCGGGGACCCCGGGAGCAGGCAGGGAUGAUCCCUCCGUUUUCCUGGGGUAACCCUUGGGUGUAGAAAGGGCCUAAAUUGCCCCCCAACCUCCUCCUAAGUCCUUGCUGCCCAAUCCUCGCCCUGUGCAAGCAAACCUCUCUCCAGCUGCCUCCGUCUUUUGCUGCCUGCUUCACUCGCAGUGGGAUCUCAAGCGACUGGGCACAUUCCUUGGAAUGCAGCCGGGCCUCGCUCCUCGUGCCUCUGUGGAGAAAGAACUCUUUCCGACGUCCUUGACUGGAAGCAGAGCUUUCCCUGAUCUUCUCAUUUCCUUUCUCGAGCUGAUCCUGCCCUUGGGAAGAAAAGAGCGGCCGGGAGGCUCCUGUCUUAUCGCCGGUCGCCCUUCAGUGCGCCAGUGCCGGCUCCCCGCACUUCUUUCGCUCCAGCCCAGGAAGCUAGAGCAGCAGGCGUCUGCUAUGGCGAUGAUGUUUUUUGUUACAGUGAUGCAAAAGCACUGCACAAGGUUGUGUGCUGAAACUCCCUUCUCUGCCAGAGAGCUGGGGUGAGUGUGUGUUUGUGUGUAUCUUAAAACUAUUUCAAUGCAGCUCAGGCCCUCGCAGGAAAGCAACUUUCAAGAGGUUGAUGAGAACAGGCCUCGUAUUCCAUUAGUGCGUUCCCACCCCAAUGUGGCAGUGGGAAAAUGCCCCCACCUUCCUUUCUUCCUUCCUUCCUCAGGUCGGGGGCAGUGUACGUACGAUUUGAGGUCUAUUCUUGCAUCAGCUGUUCUGUGCUUUCCUUUUUGGAACUCGCUUUUUGCAGACGUGGACCAAGUGCAUUUUCGUAUUUUUUUUUCCUUGCUAAAAGCAGUUUGUUAUCGGCUAUCUCUUCUGAGAUGCUAUUAAAUGUUGCUAAAAACCUG